GGGGUCCUGCGGCGCUCGCUCGCGCUCGGGGAGGCUGAGGCGACGGAAGGAGGAGGAGCAGCAGCAGCAGCAGCCAUGGCGGAUUUCGACUCCUACGACGACCGGGCCUACAGCAGCUUCGGAGGCGGGCGCGGGUCUCGCGGCGGUUCUGGCCUUGGCCCCCGUAAACAGAAAGAGCUUCCAACAGAGCCCCCCUUCACUGCAUAUGUUGGCAACCUUCCCUUCAACACAGUCCAGGGAGACAUUGAUACCAUCUUUAAGGAUCUCAGCGUAAGGAGCGUCCGGUUAGUCAGAGACAAAGAGACAGAUAAAUUUAAAGGAUUUUGUUAUGUAGAGUUUGACGAGGUGGAAUCACUUAAAGAAGCUCUGACCUACGAUGGAGCACUUAUGGGCGACCGGUCCCUCCGAGUGGACAUCGCCGAGGGCAGGAAGCAAGAUAAAGGCGGCUUUGGCUUCAGGAAAGGGGGCGGCCCAGAAGACAGAGGCAUGGGCGGCGGUCCGCGGGAAUCGCGAGGAGGCGGAUGGGAUUCCAGAGAUGACUUCAAUUCUGCAGGCUUCAGGGAUGACGACUUCCUGGGAGGCCGAGGACGGACGCGUCCCGGGGACCGGCGAGGAGGCGCCCCACCCAUGGGAGGCACCGGACGCUUCCGAGAGGGACCUCCCAUGCGUGGGUCGGGUAUGGACUUCAGAGAGCCCACAGAAGAGGAGCGAGCCCAGCGGCCCCGACUGCAGCUCAAGCCCCGGACGGUCGCGACGCCCCUCAACCAAGUCGCCAACCCCAACUCCGCCAUCUUUGGCGGCGCCAAGCCCCGGGAGGAGGUCGUCAAAGGAGAGCAGGAAUGAGCCGGAGGGGUUUUGGGCGAGCGAGCGAAGGAGGAGCGUGCCGGGGAAAGGGGGGCGCUGGGGUUGCGGGGAGGGG